UUUUGAUUUCUCACUAACAAGACAUUGAAGGAUAUGUCUACCCAAAAAACAUCUCCACAAACAAAUAAAGACGUAGAAGGUUUGAAAGAUUUGCCUCCAAACUCAUUUAUUCGCAAAUACUCUUAUGGUGACAUGGGUGGAAUGUCCAAGGAAUAUCACGCUCCUGUUAAACAAUUGGUUGAACUGGGACAUCCAGAGGCUUUAGGUUUGGCUGGAUUUGCAGCUACUGACUUCAUGUUGAGCUGCAUCAAUGCUUCACUUUUACCUAGUUCUCUCACUAAUAGCAUAAUAGCCUUGGCAUUCUUUUACGGCGGUAGUGCUCAACUUAUAGCUGGCAUUCUUACCUUUAUCAAGCAAAACACUUUUGGAGGUGUUGCAUUUUGCAGUUAUGGUGCUUUCUGGCUAACCUUUGGUGUCCUCAUUACUUUAGAAGCAGAAUAUGGUUCAAAGUUGCUGAGUGAAACGGACUAUACAACUGCUUUAGGAUUUAUUUUAGUAUGUUACACAAUAUUCAAUACUUACUUGUUCGUUGCAACGAUGGCACAUAACAUACAACUCUAUAUCAUUUUUCUUAAAAUGCAGUUGGUAUUGGUAGAUAUGCACUUUUUUGGUGUAAUAAGCUCUAUUCCAGGAGGUGUUAUGGGAAUGUUGUGCUCUAUUAGUGCCUGGGUUUUAUCAGCCACCAUAGUGAUAAAUGAUAGCUUCGGAACUACAGUAAUACCAAAUCCUGAGCUAAAAGAGCUUCCAGUCUUUCGUAAUUGGCUUAAGAUGAUCAAAAAUGGAAAGUAACAGCUAUCUGUGUUCGUAUUCCAGUGACAACAAGCACUCAUUUCUCCAAAUAAAUUUGUGACUCAUAUUUUAUUUGUGAAAAUCAGACAAGACACACUUAGGUCAUGAUGCCCGAGCUAUCAUUUGUUGACC